AUGGCGUCGUUCUGCAUCCACUCAAUCCUCCGGCCACCGACGUCCAUUCCCGCAAAAACUCUAAUCUCCGGCGACGAUAGCCUGUAUAAUAAAUUAGGAGACUCUGAAGUUCAGGGACGAAUUGCUGUAGAGGCUUUCGAGGGACAAAGAUACAUUUGGGGACGCUCUUCAAACGGUGAUGUUGGAGGGGCCGACGAUCUUGGCUCCGACGUCGCCAACGACUGUAUCAUCGGUGAAGAUGGGUCAGGAUUGAUUUUGUGGUUAGUUGAGCAGAGGACUAGACCAGACGAUUUGCAGCACAACUUGGAGCGCUUCCCGCCGAUCAUAAAUUUCUUGAUGAUUUUUGUUGUUGCUGAGGGGUACACCAAAGCGAAGACGUAA